UGAACGCCGACAUUCUUGACGUUUCCGACGGGUACUAUAGCGCUAUUAGAGACAUGGACAAGAACGAGAAACGUGAUGGACUUACAAAACCAGAUCCAAGGACUGGAGCCCAUCACCGCUUCCCAAUUAGCUCUAUUUGA